ACUUUCUUUUCUUGAUUAAAUGAAUAUGUGUCAUUCUAAAUUAUAGCACGCAAUUACAAUCAUUAUUUAAAAUUUAUCUGUUAUCAUCGCAUUGAUAUAUCGAAAUUGCUAUACGCACACGAGCGUGUAUUUGACUAAUCGUGUGCAAUAUGGCGACUGGCGAUGAUCAUUUCCGCGCCUUUUCCCGGUUGGGAGACGCGUGAAUGUCAACAAACAUGUUUUGUACUUUCGGAUUUUACGAAAACAUCGCAAAUCGAUGAGCCGCACAGCCGUCAGCGGCGUGAAAUACCGAGAUGAUAUAAUGGAACAGCAAAUAAAACGGUUCAGAUUUACGAAGGAAUCGGCCAUCUCUGACAUCGCGACUUCUCUAGAUCACAUAUCCAUAUCUAUGAAGUCUAUCAGCAAAAGUUAUAACAAUAUCCUGCGAGUGAAUGCAGCUGUACUUACAUAUCUGUGGAACAAAGAGAUACAUGAGAAGGCGAGAAACGAAACUGAAGAGGAUAUAGAACACUCAUCUAUCAGGGAGAAACAAUAAUUGAGUACGAAAAUGGUAGACGAACAUGCUCAAGCGAUCUCGGUCGCAAACCGCUAUUUUGUAUUGGUCGAUGGAAUGAUUUCCGGUUUUAAAGAUCAUCUCGCAGAAGAUGUGGUACUCAAAUGGUUCGGACAGACAAUUAGUGGAAAGGAAAAUGUAGCUGUCUUUCUGCUAUCCAAUAAAAUGAAAUCUUUUCACACGUUUUCUAAUAUUAUUCCAAUUUCGGGUCCAAUUACUUACGAAGAAAAAUGGCCAAAUUGGAAGAUAAAACGACCCUUGGAUCAGAACGCUAACAGUGAAACCUACACGAAUAAUUAUUUUCGCGAAGCACUGGCUUGCACUUCACACGUGACUGAAAAGUCAACGACCCAUGAAAACCUAAUAGAUUGCAAUAAGAAGGGCGAUGCGAACGAUACAACCUUUGUGCAUGAUGAAAAAGCCUGUAACAAAUACGAGUUCGAUGUUGAAAAAUAUAUAGACAAAUUGAAAAUCGUGAACAAUAAUAACGCGAAUCCAAAUGAAUUUAAUGCGGAUGCAAAUGCCGAGAUAGAUAAGUACCAAAGUAAUGAUCUUCACGGGAACGAUCUCUAUAAUCUUUUUGAGCCCGAGAUUACGUCUCAGUCCAUCGUCAAGAAGAUACAUAACAUUAAUAGGAUAAAAUUGAAAGAGGAAAUGGCACCAACCAUCAGAGCCAUCAACAGAGAGUGUGGUCAAGGAGAUGAACCUGUUGCUACUGAAGCUAACGCGACUAAGUAUCUGGAAGCGAGUGGAGAAAUAAAAUUUGUACGAUUGGGUACACAAUCAGAUUCUCCAUUUUUAUAUCAUUGGUCAAAACUUUGGAGGAAGAAAAUCUGGAAACGAGAAUGUAAACUGCAGAUCGCGUAUUCGCUUCUAACUGAUAAAGAUUCGCCGAAAAUUAUUAAAAAAGAUUAUGCGCAAGAAAAUAUUAAUUCCAUUUCAAAUCUUUCCGUAUGCCACGAUAAAGUACAAAAAAGCAAACUGCCAAGUUUAGAAGAGGCAAUCCAAGUUAGCAACACAUUAAUACGGGACGUAAAUUACUUCGGUGGGUACUUGCAACCUUUAAAUUUCUUCGAGGAUCGCAAGAAUUUUCUAAAAUCUUUCGAGACUGAAAUGAUGAAAAAGAAUUCCAGCGUGCACACUUGCGCUCAUUAUGUGGACAAUAAAUUGAUUUUCGAUUUUUCAAAUAAGAAACCACUUAAUGUUACAUAUCUAAUCCACAAGAUCGUUUAUACAAAAGUUAGUAGAGAAAAUGGAUUUAACAACAUGAAACAGCAAAUAUAAAAUGGAAUGGAACACGUGAAUUACGAACACACACAAAUUACGAUCAAAUGACAAUGCUACAUGUGCAUCGUUUGGCCUUAGUUAGACAAUAUUGUUAGGUGAAUCAAUUGAUCGGACACGCUUCGAUGAAUUUUCAUUUAUACAAUAGAAGGCUGCUUCCUGUGUUAAUCCAGAAACCAUUUAAUCCUUGCAAGGUUAAACAACAUUUUAAGCUUGUAAAAUGCUUAUUUAAUCUUGCAAAAAUUUGCAAUUUUUUUCUUUAAGCCACAUGUAUAUUUGCCACGUGCACCGCAUCGAAACGCAUACGAUUUAUACGAUCUUGUAGGAUGAUCUCAGUCCACAUUGAUAACUUACGUUUGUGUAAACGAUGGAGAAUAAUCAAGGGACAUACCGCGCCGCGGUUUCAUUUAUGUUUCUAUUUAGGUAAUAAAGCAUAGAUCCUAUCGCGAUAUCUUGUAUUUGUUUCUCCAUAAAUUAUUAGUUUUCCGCAAUAAGCUAUAAUGUAUUUAAUUAUUAUUACGAUGUAUUUGACUAUUGUAUUUAAUAAUUAAUAUGUGAUUAUGCACCAUUCAAAUAUGAUUAACAAUUUUGAUGUCUCUUCAAAAAGUUAUUUAGCUUUUUGAUCUUCGAUAUCAAUAAUUUACUAUGACAAUAAUAAGUUUUUAAUCUCGAUGUUUCUAUUUAAUAAAGUGUGAAAUUUGUAACGAGUAAAUCCGACUUAUCUAUUCCUUUAUAUUACAGCAGGUUUUUCUCAACAUUAUCGUUUGUCAUUGCAUUUGUAUUUGCAUUUGUACACAAUAAAGAUAACGCAGUAGCGAAUUAUACUUA